AAAUUUGAAUCUGGAUCAACACAAUCGUUAUAUGUAUUAUUUGCUUCAUUAACAUCGAAAUAGGUUAAAGAUCAAUGUUGUCAGGGUUGAUAUCCUGCCCAACAAGGAAGAGAUACAGUCGGAAUCAUCCAGAGAGUGGAACGGAAACAUAGAAGUGCUUGGGUCGUACUCUACAGUCAAUGUAACUAGACGAGUAGUACAGCAUGUCCCUUUUCCUUUAUACUGCUUGCAGUGUUUGUGGGUUUACAGUGGUUACGACUUCUUCUAGCCUAUGAUACGUUUUAUAAUAACGUUUUUAAAACAAUGGAAGCCUGAUUGGUAUUACCUUUACUUCGUCUUUCGGGAACUGUUCAGGUUGAAUGUCGGGAUUGAUGUCUUGUGGUGUCUGCGCUCUUGGCAUUUUCUGAUAUUGAACCUCGAUUCGAAGCUAUUGGUAAGAUGCGGAUGGUGUUCAUCCCAUCACUAAGCAGUAUGAGUCAAUGUGGCUACAUGUUCAGUAUCCUCCCUCUGCCUGGCCAUGUUGUGCCCAGAGCCUCCAACUUCUCCUGUCACACUGACAGAAGGAAACUAAAGAGGGAGCCCAAGGCAGGUGGUCCUUCCUCCAUUCUCCAACAGGACCCUUCACCAUCCCUCCUUCCUGCCCCUGUACAUGGCAGCCAUGGGAUCGGCCCAGUACCCCUGGAGACCCCACCAACAGCCAGGUGAGGACAGGACAGGUGGACCACCACCCCUCUCAGUACCAGUUAUGACUCCCUCAGAGUUCUUCUACACGGACCCCACCAUGCGCCGGGGACAACGGGUACCGAACAUCGUGACCGAGUUGCAGGUUUUUGAGUGCUUCCAACUCAACACCCCUCGCCCCAUCAUGUCCUUUUGCCCCGCACCCCCCGUCAGACCUGACCCCUUCAGAACACAAGCCCACCCUACCAGAGACCUGGGUGGCCACACCUGGUGGAGGGACCCUCCCCAUCUGCCCAUCACCCCCAGGCUGAGGCCCCUUGCACCCAGGCCCAGAGAGAGGGGACGGAGUCAGGCUGUGAUCCAGCUAAGCCUGGAGGAGGAUCAGGCUAUAACCAACCUACUGAAGCUCCAUCACCAAAAGCCUGCCCAUCCAGAGGUCACCACUGCCGUCAUCUCCACCCAGGUGGCUUGUCCUGAAGGGACAUCGCCAAUUGAUCACACCUCAACCCUUAGCCAGCCAUCAGUGGGUCAGUCCAUUCCCACCACCAAACCAUCUCCAGCUGAAGAGAUGGGGCUCUUUGUGUUAGACAUCUUGGAGCACCAACAUCAGAACCAGCCCAGACUGAGGUCUGUUGUGGAGCUGGAGGCAGCGAACGCAUUGCUCACUAUGGAUGAGGAGUCGGUCAGUCUGAUGGAUGUUGAAGGGCCCUGGAACCAGACUCAGACCCUGGACAGGCCCUCUAACAGAAGCCCUGAGAAUCUACAUCUCCAGUACUUCUCACCCGAAGAGUGUGAUGGUGAUGCACUGCCAUUAGAAGACGAUGAAAGCUGCCUAUCCCCAGAAGCUUUGCCUCCAAUGACCAGUAUUUGUGAUGCGGUGGCUCUGAGAAAUGGGACUGUCACAGAGUCUGAGGGGAUGGCUGUGGAUGCCCUGUUAAUACUGGGUGACCUCACAACCCCAUGUUGUCCUCAUUUCAGUUAAUUGCCCACAGAUGUGCACAACAUAUGACAGUUAAUCUCAGGUUCAAUUAGAGAAAACAAAACUGUAAUUGAAGACCUUUUUACAAGUGUGCACCACACAGUCUAAUUAACCACUUCAUUUUCCUUUGUGCCUUUUUGUAUUUUGUUACUUGCCAAAUAGUUCAAAUAUUAUAUUAAUAUUUCAGACUAAAGUCAAUCUUGUUUGAUCUGUUGAAAAAAACACUUCCAUUGAAAAACAUGAUCGAGUUUUAAUAAGAACACUGGUCUUAAACCAGAGUAAACCCACUCACUCAAACAAACGGAAUGGAAUGUGGUUUUAACCAAUAAGCAUUCAGUAUUAGACCUACCCGUUGUAUAAAGAGGUAAUAGAGACCUGUUGAUAUCAUAACAGUAUGGCUUCACUAGAGCUCCAUGUUACCAAUAUUACUACUGUACAUCACAAACAACCAGGUUUUGUGGUCUUGACAUUAUGUUUGCGACUUGGCUAUGACUUUUUUUGUGUCCAGAAAUGGCAGUCAAAUGUAUUCAACCCUGUAGUGACGACGAUAACGCAGCUGUAGGACUUGUGCUUCGAGUACAAUCCAUUGGAAGGCACUUCAGAGUUUGAUCUAUACUUGAUAUACCACCUGAUACGUGUAAACUGGUAUGGUAUACCUGACUGACAUUGAUGCAGGGGAACUUUUCAACUGGAGCUUUCCUCUGGCAGUGUGUGGGGUUAGGUGCAGGUUCGCACACACACAAACAUACACUCUCACUCAUACUAUACACUCUCACUCAAAUACAUACUCAACAUUAAAGAGAGGAGUCCAUUUUUGUUUGCCUGUAAUAAAUUAGUACAUCAUCCUC